AUGAAUCCAGCAUCGCAACGAAGACGAUUUGCCCAUAAGGAAAAACUGUUUCUUAUCCUUACUGAAUUUCAAGCUCAGUUUACAUCCCCAUUUCAACUUUCUGAAGCGACUAGAUGGUGUGUAAGCUAUUUUAAACGUAAUGGGGGUAAUGUUGAAGCUGUUGGUGUGUUCUUGGACUUUAUCUUAAGCCUUGGCUUCAUAUACUCGAUCGAUCAGGGCAUUUCCUCCCACAGAUACGCCUUCAAUAGAGAGAGAAUGAAUGAAUUCUUUGGAAGCUGUCCACAACCAGAAAACCAAAAUCCGGAAAAUGAGAAAAAUUCUGAUCAUUUAGCUGGUGAACAGUCUUCAGACAAUCCUGUAGAUGUAUCGAUUCAUUCUUGGCUUGAAGGUAACUGUCCUAAAUCAACGUUGACCAAUGCAAGGUCUCACUUAUGGUUCAAUGAAAUCAUUACACGCUUGUCUUGCUUAUUGGAAACAGAGAGGGAUGAAUUGCUUAUGCUUAUAGAAUCGUCAGAACUGUCAAUUUCUGAUUCAUGCGCAUCAUCGUCUCCAGAAAAGACCAGCUUUCUACUAGAUAUGGGUAAUGCAGCCUACACGAAUAGUUUGGCUUCCGAAAGAUGGCACAAGUACUCAAAGAAUGCAACCGGUGAACUGGUUGAUUUAGUUGCUGUUGCUUCUCUGGAUGCCUUGUCCAAAUGGCCAGAUAAUAUUUCUCAUCGACCUGGGUUUUGUGAAAAUAAGUGCUCACCAAAUUCACUAUUGUCUAUCGCAAUAUCCUAUUUGGAAGAUUUUCAGUCAUCCACUAUCCCCAAGCCGACUGAAUUACUGUUGGAUUUCAUUUUUAGUAGUUGGUCCAAUGCGGAACUUUUAGCAGCUAUGAAUGGUCUACUGAAGAGCUGGAUUAAUGCUGUGCAUACACCAACCAAAAAGAUAAUAAAAGAUUCGAACAGUAAUGAAAGAGAUCGCCGAAAUUUCCCACUUCCACCUUUGAUGACCACACACGUUGUAGACGACAACAACAACAGCAGAAACACUCCACUCACAGGUAUUCAUAAGACACCGUCAUCCCCCGCUAUACUCAAGCCUUCGGUCAGUUAUUCAAUCAUUGAAUAUCAGCCUAUCUCGCCGAGUGAUCUAGUCUCUGCAACACCUCUCCAUAGAAUGUAUCAACCUAGUCAUAAAUAUGAAAACGGGAGUGUUCCCAAAGUUUUGUUUCAAAAAAUAAAGAGUCGAGUAUCAUAUCAAAGUCAGAAACUGACCAGAAGAAGCAGUGAAUAUCAGCCAUCUUUGCUUACUCCGCAUUCUUCAGGUUCAAACCACAAGGUAGGCGCUUAUGUACAUCGGCGGCACUCAAAUUUCCGGUCAUUGAACCUAAAAAACCUGUCGGGCAAUCGAUCGUCUACACAAUACACUUGGCCGGUUAUGGGGUGUUAUGAUUUAGCUGUUGCUACUCAAAUGACUUUACUUUUUCUGCCUCCUAUAAUAUUUUCCCGGUUAAAAAUUGUCGUUGAUCUUUUGCGUCGUGUUUUAUCAAAUCAUGAACGACUCGCUUCUCUGAUGAUGAACAAUUUGUCAUCUAAAGAUUGUGAACGUAAGUCAAUAGAUAUUUCAAUGUUGGAUAGCCCAUCAACUUUGGAAAUAACUAUGCAAGCGAUUGUCAAACUGUUCGGUCCACUACUGCUACGUUUGCCAAGUGAUGAUUCUGAUGCUGCAGACAAUGAUCACUCAAAUUCACGUAUCCGUUGGCGAGAAUGUCUUCUCUAUCUUCUUCUGUGUGACUCUGAAAACUUUCUGUUAACAUCACCUGACACUGUUGUGUGUGAUUUACGACGUGUCACUGCUAAUAUGGGCAGUGACGAGGUAGAUGCAGAACAAGAAAAUAUUUCUAAUAUAGAAGAGCUCAUUGAACGUCUUAAUUCGAGUGCAUGUAUUUCUGUUGAAUUACGCGGUACACGGGUUUACUCACCGUCUAAAAUUGAUUCUUUACCAGCCUGUAUACCAUCAAUCAGAUCACGAUUGACUGUCGCCAUGAAUCUUAGAGACAUCAGUUUACUUAAUCCAGAAGACAAUUCUACGCCUUCAGUGAAGUGUAGGAGUAGUAACAGCCUGGAGAAUUCUCCUAGUCAUGUUGAUGGUGGUGUAAGUUGUCGUCGUUCUUCGGAUAAGGAUAACUUUGAUGCUGGCAACGAGGGUGCAACACCUACGUCUGUAAGCUUUGUCUACGAACAAUCACCGUGUCGUCGGGUUUUUUCUGGAAGCUGCAGCGUAGAAAAUUCUCCAUCGAGCUCAACGUCUAGUGUAUUUUUCCAGUCCGAUCUUGAUCCAAAACGAUUGGCUUCAUUAGGCAAUACGGCUCAUUUGAUCAAGCUGCUAAAUCAAAUAAUCAAUGAUCGUGAUAUGAACCCGCGUAGGAAAAUGAAAUGUCUUCAAGAUUUCCGUAAGUCGCAUCCAGAUGUAUUUUGGUUGCGUUUCGGUAAUGAACAGACAGCCUCAAACUAUAUAUCGCGUUUACAGCGUCGUAUCGACUUACAAUCUCAUCCAACUGUAUUUGAAAGAAUUACAAAUGCACUACGACGUCGGCGUCAAAGUCCACUGAAACAACAGGAAAACCAACAACGAAACGGUUUUAUUAGCUAA